CCACAUCGAGUGAAUCCCGCUUUGAUCGUUCUGCAUGGAUGCUGCGUCUCUUCUGUUUGUACUAAAAAAACCCUUGGGUUCGUCGUAUUUUCCCGCAAAAUGAGGGUCGUUUUUCUUUGCAAAGGGAGUAGAGGAGACGUUGGACCAGUUUUAGCUCUCCUGCUUGGCUACAAGCAGAAAAUUCCUAGUGAUGUGUGUGUCCUGGCCACACACCACUAUCACAAGAAGAAGUUUGAAAAUGUUUUGGAUAAGCAUGGAAUUGAGUUCAUGUCGUUAGAUGACCCUUCUGAGACUAAGACUGCAGCUUUGCAUUCUCCACACAAGGUUGAGAUGCAAGUCAGCAAUGGUAAGGGAUUCACAAGUGACGAUCGACAAGAGAGAGUCAUGGAGAUGCAUGGAAGUCUAAGGGCUUGUAAAGGAGCUAAUGCUGUGGUCUUUAAUUUAUUUGCCUGUGAAGGGUGGUUUAUUGCACAAUACCUCAAGGUGCCCUGUGUCGCCGUCUCACCAUUUGCUGUCACCAGAACCCCUCCAGUAACAUUCGAGAAUAAGUUCCUUGGGGCUUAUCCAGACCUCCAUGAGAGACUCAGUAAAGCACCACCAGGUUGUGUGUCAUAUGGAGACAUUGACCACUGGAUGUGGAGGUUGUUUUUAGAUGAUUUUGGAGAGUUCUGUGAAUCUCUUGGUCUGCCUGUCUGUCCAUUUGCCGACAUCACCCCAGAAGAUGCCUUACCUCCACCAACACCACUUCUCUAUGGCAUCAGUCCUACAGUACUUACCAAGCCAGAUUACUGGCCUGAAAGUGUGACUGUAUGUGGAUACUGGUUCACUGAUGACCCAUACCCCAGCUUGGAUGGUGUUACAGUCUUGUGCCCUGCCUUCCAAUCCCCAAGCAUUCCUUUGCCAGAAUUCCUCUCAAACCUCGCCAAGCAACAAGAACGUCCAUUGUACAUUGGAUUUGGUUCAAUGGAAGAGCUGGGGUUUUUCUCCAGUCUGGAUAGUGUGGAACUCAUUGGGAUAAUCAAUGAAGGUCUUCUUGAGUGUGACGUCAAAGCCUUGCUACACGUGGAGCCGAACUCAGCGCUGCUCAAAGCAUGGGAAAUGCUCUAUAAGAAUGUAAUGAACUGCAACAUCUACUGCAUCACGCAACCCGUAUCACACACCAGACUCUUCCCUCACUGCCUAGCAGUUGUCCACCAUGGAGGAAGCGGUACCGUUGCCUCCGCUAUCCGCGCCUCGGUCCCUCAAAUUAUCUGUCCCUUCAUGUUUGACCAGUCAUAUUGGGGCGAUAAGGUAGCGUGGAUGGGCGUAGGCGAGUCGGUAGGACAUCCAAGGUCGUUGACUGUCACUGCCUUUACUAACGCAAUGAAAACAGUCUGUCAAGAAGAUACAUACAAGGCGGYCAGUAAGUAUAGUAAGAUGCUUCGUGGAGAGAAUGGCAUAGCAACAGGGGUUAUGGUGUUGAAAAGGAUGUUUCAUAUAUGACAUGCGCACUCAUAUGUAUACAAAUAAAUGCCGCAUUUUUGUUCCUAGAGCUUGCAUUGAUCCUAGUCACCGUUUAGAAAAAAAAACACUCUCUGUAAGCGGAACGCAAAAAAAAGUUGCAGGCCUUAGGAACAAGAAUAGGAUCUAAACAAUAAAAGGAAACAGAGGUUUCAAUUAGACUUUAAAUAGAGCGCUUAGCAGGAAAAAAAGUAAAGAAUUUAUUGCAUGCUAUCAAUAUCAGCCUAGGCAAACACUGCCCGUCAUGUGCUAUCAACAAAAGAGUAUUCUAUUGUUUGGUAUUGAUCAAUCAUCCGCGCAAACAUCCAUGUACACUUCCCUAGAAAAUUUGCCAUUCAGCUGGUAUGAAUUUCACAAGAGACCUAUUGAUAGCGAGCUAUACAACAGGUAAACGGUCCGAUUUGCCAUAACAGUUAAUGGUUCACCAUUGUUUUUGUAAAUAAUUUUCCCAAUCUCUUGGUGAUUUACCAUGAAAACGUCUUUGACAAUGCGUGACCGUUAGACUUGCGUUACUGAAUACUUUUGAAAUUACUAAUAGUAUCCUUUCGUUACGAUUUUAUAUAAUAACGGCGUUUGCACGAAUCGACAAAGUGUGCACACAUAAUGAGUGAAUUGGCGGGAGAUUGAAGCGUGUGAUAAGAUGUCAAGGACCACAGGAAGCCCAACGCAUUAGAAUGUCUUUAAAAUAUAUCGGAGAGCGCAAAAUAGUAAUUGUAAAGUGAGACUUUUCGUGCGCUUUGUUCUCAUAUAUAUCUGCCUCAUUUGAAGCCCCUGUGCGAAAACAUUUCAAAUAACUUCAUGAUUAUAAAUAUUUAUUUGUGGAAUAAUAGGUGUGUAGUAUAGCCAACAGAAGUAGAAGAUGUAAUGUAAAACAUUACAAUGGUGAUAUUUAUAUUAUUUAUAUAGAAAUAGAAUGUGAGUGUUUGUGACACAAACGUUGGUUGAUGCUUCUAAUGUUAUGUAUACUUUCCCAAUAUAAGCUUUGCAUAAUGACGUCAUAAAAAUAUCACUUGUUGUCCCUUGUUGUCUUUGUAAUUGGCUGAUCGACAACCUCGUUCUCAGGUCCCAGGAAAUUGCCUUUUAAAAAGUCACGUGUCAUGUUUACGCCAUUUUGGACUUGCCACGUGAUGUAAUUAGCGGAAAUAUUCACGUGACAUCAAUGUAUUAUUCUCGUUUCUCAAGAAAACUAAAAAAUAUCUGGUGUAAAAUAUUGACGCCAAAAUGCAAUUUGGUGCAUUUUCUUAAAGAAAUUGCUUAGUUGUGCGAUGCUGUACAAGGUUUUCAUAAAAACUUAUAGUCAAGAACACCAUGGUCAAUUGGACCAAUUACUGGAAUAAAAUAUUUCUUGUCUUCUAACUAAUAGACUUGUAAUCAAUUGAAGUCACUUUAAAAAAUAACUGAGCAUUACACUGUCAUGUCUUGUAAAAAGCAUUUUUAAAAGAAAGUCAUCUCUACCAAUAAACGUUAUUAAAAAGCA